AUGUUCCAGCUGGGCGUGAUGCGCGACGUGGCCUCCGCGCCCGCGCACCUGCUCACACUCGCACACCUCAAGGAGCUCGCUGUCAAAUUCGUGCACGAGAAGAUCCCCGACAACGGACUGAACCGGCUGUCAGAGCGCAUCCUGCUGUUCCGCCACGACUACUGCUCGCCCAAUGUACUGCAGCUCGUCAACUCCGCUUCCGACAUCACAGACGAGACCCUCGUUGAAAUUGUACUCACAGCAAACGCUCUACUAUGCGAGGGCACGGAAGGUGCGCCGGUGCCUCGGCCACACGCGCUCGCCGUACAUUCUUACAAGGCGCCCACAUUUUGCGAUUUCUGUGGAGAGAUGCUUUUCGGGCUUGUUCGGCAAGGACUUAAAUGCGAAGGUUGCGGCCUAAACUACCACAAGCGGUGCGCUGUUAAGGUGCCGUCGAACUGCGAGUCGCCGGUCAGCACGACUUCGAAUGCCCUGGCUCCGGGCCGACGAGCUUCCGGCGCUCCUCGCAGCCCGUCCCGCAGCUCCGCGCACAGCCACGCCUCGCGCGACGACUCGCUGGUAAGGCGUCUCGCGGACCUCGUCACGGGCAACAACUAG